AUGCCCAAAUCGUCACACACACGUGCGCUGGUGUGGUUCCGGUCGGAUCUUCGGAUCGACGACAACCCGGCGCUGUCCCGCGCGUGCGAGGCGUGCGACGAGGUGGUCGCGGUGUUCCUCGUCGCUGGGAAGCAGUGGCGCGAGCACGACAUGUCGGACGUGCGGCUGCAUUUCAUGCUCGGGGCGCUGCGGGAGCUGAAGGAGCAUCUCGAGACGCGGAACAUCCCGCUGCUGGUGCGCGAGGCCCCGAGAUUCAAGGAUGCGCCGGACGCGAUCGCCGAGGUUGCCGGGGAGGUCGGCGCGACGCUGGUGACGUUCAACCGGGAGCACGAGCUGAACGAGAUCCGUCGGGACGAGGCGGUGCGCGAGCGGCUCGAGGACGACGGGGUCGAGGUCCGGUCGUUUCUGGAUCAGUGCCUGGUGGACCCGGACUCGGUGCGGACCGGGGAGGGGAAGCCGUAUUCGGUGUUCACGCCGUUCCGGAAGUCGUGGCUCGAGGAACUGGGGGGGGAGGCACCGGAGCCGCUCGGGAAGCCGCGGGCGCGGGAGGCGAUCGAUGUUGCGGGGGAGGAUGUUCCGGAUUCUGUGAAGGGGUUCGGGGGGGCGCCGGAGCAUCUGGAGUUGUGGCCGAUGGGGGAGUCGAACGCGCGUCGCCGGCUGACGGACUUUUUGAAAAAGGGCGCGUCGGACUACAAGAAGGAGCGGGACCGGGUGGACCUGGACUCGACCAGCCGGAUGUCGGCGUACCUCGCGGUUGGCGCCAUUUCGGCUCGUCGGUGCGUGUGGGAGACGGACAAGGCGGGGCACUCGCUCGGGGAUUGGAAGACGGGGGAGGGGACGUGGGUGAGCGAGAUCGUGUGGCGUGAGUUCUACCGGCACGUGAUGGAGAACAACCCUCGGGUGUGCAUGCACAAGGCGUUCCGUCCGGAGACGGAGAAGAUCCCGUGGAACGAGCCGGGGGAUCACUUCGAGGCGUGGAAGGAAGGGCGGACGGGUGUGCCGAUCGUGGACGCGGGGAUGCGGCAGCUCGUGCGCACGGGGUGGAUGCACAACCGCUUGCGCAUGAUCGUGGCGAUGUUCCUGACGAAGAACCUGCUCGUGGACUGGCGCGAGGGGGAGAGGUUCUUCAUGCAGCACCUGGUCGACGGUGAUCUGGGGAGCAACAACGGGGGGUGGCAGUGGUCGGCAUCGACGGGGACGGACGCGGCGCCGUACUUCCGGAUCUUCAACCCGUACUCGCAGUCGGAGAAGACGGAUCCGGACGGGGAGUUCAUUCGCGAGCACGUCGAGGAGUUGGCGGGCGUCGAGGGCGACGACAUCCACGAGCCAUCGGAGGAAAACCGGGGCGAGUAUCCGGAGCCGAUCGUGGACGUGAAGCAGAGCCGGAAGGACGCGAUCGAGACGUUCAAGGGUGUGCUGAAGGGACCCGUGAUUCUUUGUCCGCUGCGGUACGAGGCCGGGUUUGCGCGCCGGUUGCUCUCGGAUGUGGCGGACGUGGUGUGCUUCGGGCCGUACACGGGCGGGAUGGAGCGGGCGUUCGAGUCGGGCGAGCUGGACGAUCGGCCGCUCGUGCUCGUGGUGGGUGUCGGCGGGGGAUUGACGGAGACGGGGGUGUGCCCGGUGGUGGAGCGGGUGGUGGACCUGGAGGGGAAUGCGUGGGUUCCGAGUGUUGUGGAUUCGGGGGAUGAGCGCGUGACGGUGGUGGGCGUGGACGUGAUCGUCCCGGACGAGGCGUCGAAGCGGGCGAUGGCGCGGGAGACGGGUGCGAGCGUGGUGGAUAUGGAGUCGCACGUGGUGGCGCGGCGCGCGACGGAGCGGGGGAUGCGGUGGUGCGUGGUGCGCGGGGUGAGCGACGGGCCGGAGCAGGAGUUCCCGGCGUGGAUCGCGGCGGAUCGUGACGAGCCCGUCUUCGAUCGGGAUCUUGCGCAAGCUCGGGGCGAACGGGAAGAUGGCGAUGCACGCGGCGUGCGCGCGGGCGCGGGCGAUGAUCGAGGGGGCGAUGUGACGGAUCGUGCGAUGGACGAGCUCGCGGCGCGGCUGAAUGGCGACGGGGCGGUGCUUCUGUUCGGCGGGACGUUCGAUCCGCCGCACCGGGCGCACGUGGAGCUGCCGAUGCGGGCGCGCGCGGCGUACGGGGCGGCGUGGCUCGUGUACGUGCCGGCGGCGCAGUCGCCUCACAAGGCGGACGCGCCGGGGGCGAGCGGGGAGGAGCGGGUGGCGAUGCUGGAGGCGGCGGUGGGGGACGCGGAGGGCGUUGUCGUGUCGCGGAUCGAGAUCGAUGCGCCGGAGGGGCCGAGUUACACGGUGCGGACGCUCGAGCGCGUGCGUGCGGCGCUGGGGGCUUCGCGGGAGGUGCGGCUGCUCAUCGGGGCGGACCAGGCGGUGUCGUUCCACCGGUGGCGGGAGUACGAGCGGGUGAUGGAGCUGGCGGAGCCGCUCGUGAUGCUGCGGUCCCCGGACGAGACGCGGGACUCGCUCCUCGCGUCGAUGCGCCCGCACUGGGACGAGGCGGCUCUGGAGGCGUGGGGGGCGCGGGUGGUGGACGUGCCGGUGAUGGACGUGAGCGCGACGCGGGUGCGAGAGCUGCUGGAGCGCGGGGCGAUCGACUCGGAGGAGCUGCGCGGGCUGCUCCCGGAGGGGGUGAUCGGGGUGAUCCGGGCGCGAGCGCUCGUGCCGAAGCACAUCGCGGCGCCGGCGUCGGACAUCGUGAGCGGGGUGGUGCGGCUCCCGGAUCCGGAGUUCACGGGCGUGGUGAGUGAGUACGCUCGGUUCGACGUGGGCGGGGCGGUGUGGGUUCGCGAGGUCGCGGCGCCGGAGGGGGCGGACUUGGAUAUCGCGGUGGUCGGGGCGGCGGUGCUGGAGGGGGCGACGCCCGAACGAUCGGACGGGCGGGCGAAGCUGUACGGGAAGGAUGGGGUCGGGGAGGGGGCGGUCCGGCUCGCGGGUCGCGGGGAGGGCGUCGUGCUCGUGCGGGACGGGGCUGAGAAGGGGCUGUACGCGAACGUGACAUCGCACGGGUUCGUGAAGGACAGAGCCGUGGGGAUCUGUGCGCGGGUGCUCGAUCUGCGGCUCGAGGACGGGCUGCGCGUGCCGGACACGGGGUCGUCGGUUUCGUCGGCGGUUCUUCGCGUGGUCGGCGAGGGGGAAGAGCGCGAGUACGUGAUGCGUGACGAUGGUGUCGGGCUGGAUGCGCGGGCGGGGGACGGGGUGUUCACGGCGACGGUGCCGCUGCCGGGUGCGGGGGCGUACGACGCGCGGGUGCACGUGAAGGCGACGGCGGACGGGAUCGGCGCGUUCGAGCGGAGCGCCUCGCUCAUGCUCCCGGUUGUGGAGGCGCUGGCGCGUGUGGACGGGGAGAUGGCGGUGAUCGAGGACGCGGGGGCGGACGUGCUCGUGCGCGUGCCUGUGGUCGGGGAGGCGGAUCGGGUGAAGGUCGGGGCGGAGGUGUGGGCGCGGCUCGCGGGGGAUGAGAUGGUCCCGGUGUGCUGGGUCGGUGGGAUCGUUGAGCCGGCGGGCGGGUUCGUGUCUCUGCUCCUCGAUCCGCGGUGGGCGGGGAUGGUGGACGGGGAGAUCGUUGGGCUGGAGCUGUGGAACGUGCGGCUUCAGGACGUGGACACCGGCGUGCCGAUGGACCGGGUGGACGUGAUGGCGGUGGAGGGGGCGGGUGUGAUGCUCGGGAAGGCGCGCGGGGUCGCGGGGGGCGGGAUCACGAAGGGGAUGCUCGCGAAGCACCCGGGGAUGGGCGAGGCGGUGGAGGUGGAGCUUUCCGGCGUCGAGCGUGUGGCGGGUGGGCACAACCUGAUGCUGGUGCACGGGUACUGCACCGGUGGCAACCCGUUCCCGGUGAGCCACUUCAGCGGGUUCCUCGAGGUCUUCGGCGAUCCGAACGCGACGCGUUCGCACGACGCGUUCGCGCAGCUGGUCGGGGCGCUGGGCGGGGCGUCGAAGUCGUUCGGGAUCGUGGGGCACUCGCAGGGCGGGUGCGCGGCGUUGCACCUGUACACGUACUACUGGAGCGGGCUGGACUGGGCGGAGGGGGGUCGGCUCAUCCAGAGCGUGGGCACGCCGUACCAGGGGACGCCGCUGGCGGGUGAUCUGGCGGGGAUCGGCGAGGUGUUCGGUCAGGGGUGCGGGACGAACUUUGAUUUGUCGCCGGACGGCUCGGCGAUCUGGCUCGCGGGGAUCCCGACGGCGUCUCGCCAGAAGGUGCACUACUACACGACGAGUUUCGAGGACGAGCCGUUCCAGUUCGAUUUCUGCAACUUCUUCACGGAUCUCGUGCUGAGCGAUCCGGACGACGGUGUGAUCGAGCGGGCGCGCGGGCAGCUCCCGGGCGCGAACAACCGGGGGCACGUGGAGGGGUGGUGCCACACGACGGGGAUGAGCGAUCCGCCGCAGACGCAGGACCUUUCUCGCAACACGGAGAUGAACGCCAAUGCAGGCUCGACGGUGACGGGGGUGACGGUCUCGGUGCGCGUCGCGCACGAGUGGAUCGGGGACGUGGUGGUGUUCAUGGAGCACGGGGGGAUCCUGCUGCGGCUUGUGGAUCGUCCCGGGGUCGGUUCGUUCACGUUCGGGUGCGGCGGGGAGGAGCUGGACGUGCUCGUGACGGAUUCGCCGGGCGGGGGGGCAGCGCCGUGCACGCCGGAGAACCCUCGGUUCGUUGGUGAGGUGGCGCCGCUGGACGCGUUGUCGUUCUACAACGGGGUGGAGGUGGACGGCGUGUGGCGGGUGACGUUCCGGGACGUGCACCAGUUCGACUCGGGGACGGUCGAGGAGGUGUGCGUCAAUGUGACGUACGAGGCGCCGGCGGUGUGCGUGGGGGAUUGCGACGGGUCGGGGGAGGUGGACUUCAACGACCUGGUCGCGAUGCUGUUCGAGUUCGGGUCGGAGCCGGUGGUGCCGGCGUGCGACGCGGACGGGAGCGGGGGGGUUGAUUUCAAUGAUCUGGUGAGCGCGUUGUUUGUGUUUGGGGGGUGCGCGGGGUGA